AUGUCAGAUAUUCGAGAAGUGUCAAUGCGUGUCAUCGUAGGGAUUGACGUUGGUCUGACCUGCACAGGUGUUGCUAUUUGCACAGAUUUUGACGCCCCGAGUGGGAGAGAGACCCACGUACGAGUUAUCGAACAAUGGCCUGGCGCUGUUGAAAGCGUGGUGAAGAAGGUGCCCACAAGAGUCGCAUACACAGCUGGAGAACUUGGUAUUCAUUCGUGGGGUUUCGGCUGCCCGGAAUUGUCUGAUCUGGGUGGGGGUAGAGCGAUAAAAGAUAUGUUCAAGUUCUUCUUGGACACAUCAUAUGUGAAAAAGAAAUUUGGACAAGGUCCUCAGGCGCCUAAACCAGAGAAUGUCAGGCUCUGGUACAAAGACUUUUUGACGGCUAUUUACACCCAUAUCGUUCAAGAACUUCGAGACGAGCCGAAAAUAGACUUCGACUCGCCCUCCACGUCCGUCGAGUUCGUCUUCAGCAUUCCGACAGAGUGGAAGGAUAAGGACGACUUAGUUCGUGAAUUUCGAGACAUCGUGGACGAUGCAGGAUUUGGUAAAACAGGUCAAGUCCAUAUGGACUUGACAGAAGGCGAAGCAGCAGCUGUCUUCACCGCUAACAAGCUUAACUACACAUUUCAACAAGGUGAAGCUUUUAUGGUGCUCGACGCCGGGGGUGGGACAACUGAUAUGUGCAUCCUUCAGGUGAAUAGCCCACUAGACGACGUACUUGAAUUAGAGACUGUUGAUGAGCCAAGAGCUCUUCCUGCUGGCUCCGUCAACAUCGAUGAACUGUUCGAGAAGAGAGCAAGAGAACUUCUCUGGUCUACUAAUGGAGUAGCCCAUGAUAAGGUCGAAAACCUAGCUCUUCAGAUGUCUCGGGGUAAAUUUCAAGACAUCAAGACGCUAUUCGGGACUGAUUCCUUUCGGGGGAUAAAGAUUGUAAGACUACAAGUGCCAGACUCAACCGAAAGCAUUACGUUCCACCUUGCUGAGCUGAAAACCAUGUUCGAUUCGCAAAUAGAUAUGAUGAUCGAAGCUAUUAACAAGCAACUUUCACUUCUCCGGAGUGUGAAACCUUACGUAAGAGUGUCCUAUCUCUUUUUAGCUGGGGGCCUUGGGUCCUCAAAAUAUGUACAAGACAGACUUGUAGAACAGUGCCAAAAAACGGGUAUGGAGGUACUAUUUGCACCGAAACCUGAAGACCUUCCUCUUGCUGUAUGCCAAGGCUUGGUCAUCGAUAGGGUGCAGCAUGUCUGCCAAGAUCGCUCAGUAAUACCGAUCCGAAGCAGUAACUCAUCAUAUGGCAUCUUGUACAAAGAACUAUAUAGUGAGAAGCAUUCUGGACAAUCGUGCACGAGAAAUCGGCUUGACGGAAAGGACUAUGCAGAGAAUCAGAUUGACUGGUUAAUUAUGAAGGGCUCGCAACGAAGAGGCCAAGUUGUUCCACGGUUCUACUCAAUUUUGGCGGAUCCAGCCUUGAAAAAACAAAGCUGGGGCUUCACCAUAAUCCGUUCAACAGCAGAUGCACGGUCAUUACCAAUCUUUUUGGACGACAAAGGAAGUGUUGAAAUUGUGGGUCACGUGGUCUCGAGUCCGGAAGUAAGGUUGCAUACUUUAGGAAUUGCUCAUAAACGCGGAUUUUUUGGCAGGAAGACUGAUUUCUCUCGAGUCAACUGUAGAUUAUCGGCGCUUAUUGAAGUGGGAAAAUUCGAGUUCAUUGGUACAGUCGUGAGUCAAGCGGAGGAGAAGCCGCAAGUGCUCAAAGUUUAUUGGUCGAAGGACAAGAACAGGGACUGUGACCUUAUCAGAAGCAUGUAA